CACUUCCGGCAGCAUGUUUUCAAAACUAUGCAGACGAAUUCAAAGACGAACUCUGUCAAAUUUUCAAACAUUUGUGCGUCAGAAGCAAAAACAGACAAAAGUGACACCAAACCAGAUCUACUCGAACACUUUUUACAGAUAUUCGUUGGUUAUUAACCAGUUAGAAAACACACUAUUAAACAUUUUAAAACGGCGAAAUACCGGCUUCUCAUUCAAGACCUUUGCUGUGCCGUUUGCAGGAUCAUUGGCACUGAUAGGAAUCAAAGCAAAUUGUUCCGGGAAUUUAGAUGCAAAUAAUUUGAGGCUUUUAGAAGCAGUUAAAGAUAAAGACAAUACCACCUUAGAGAGGUUGAUCAAAAGUGGUGUAGAUUUAAAUAAAAGACACCAGUUAGGAUGGACAGCAUUACAAGUAGCUGCAAUCAACAAAAAUCUGAAAGCAGUGGAAUUGCUGUUGAAGAAUGGAGCUGACCCUAACUUAGGGGAUGACUACACUCAUUAUUUGAUGAUGGCUAGAGAAAGGGGCUUUAAUGCAUUACAAGUAAUGUUAGCAAGAGAAGAAGAAUUCAGUGAUAGAUUAAACAGACAAUCAACGUUCCAGGGCUGUACAGCUUUACAUUAUGCUGUGUUGAUUGACGAUGCUGCCAUUGUCAGGGCUUUGUUGGAAGCAGGAGCAGAUCCUACUAUUGAGAAUAAGAAUGGACAUAAACCAGUGGAUUAUGUCAAGAGUGAAAAUGUCAGUCAAGUUCUACAUAAUGCAGAGAACAAAUUCAAUGAAUUGAAAGAAGCUAAAGAAGCAGAAGAGAGGAGAAAGUUUCCAUUAGAACAGAGACUGAAACAGUUCAUUAUUGGUCAGGAGGGGGCAAUCAAUACAGUGGCUGCUGCUGUAAGAAGAAAAGAGAAUGGAUGGUAUGAUGAAGACCAUCCUCUUGUUUUUCUUUUCCUGGGAUCAUCCGGUAUAGGCAAAACAGAACUAGCAAAGCAAGUAGCAACAUACCUACACAAAGAUCCUAAAAAGGCUUUUAUCAGAAUGGAUAUGUCAGAGUAUCAAGAAAAACAUGAGGUUGCAAAGUUUAUAGGAUCACCUCCAGGAUAUAUUGGACAUGAUGAGGGAGGUCAACUGACCAAGAAAUUAACAGAAAGUCCAAAGGCUGUAGUACUGUUUGAUGAGGUGGACAAAGCACAUCCAGACGUUCUGACAAUAAUGCUGCAAUUAUUUGAUGAGGGAAGAUUGACAGAUGGAAAAGGGAAGACAGUGGAUUGUAAAGAUGCUAUAUUUAUCAUGACUUCUAAUUUAGCCAGUGAGGUCAUAGCUGAACAUGCUCUACAGUUAAGGAAAGAAGCUGAUGAAAUAGAUAAACAGAAACAUACAGGAAAACUGGAGGAUUUAGAAUCAUCAGAAAGAAUAACUAUAUCCAGAAGGUUCAAAGACCAAGUUGUCAGACCCAUUUUGAAGAGACAUUUUAGAAGAGAUGAAUUUUUGGGAAGAAUCAAUGAAAUUGUUUACUUUCUACCUUUCUCAAGAUCUGAACUCUCAAAAUUAGUGACAAAAGAGCUACACCAUUGGUCUGAACAGGCCGAGAAGAAACACAAUAUGAAGUUGUUAUGGGAUCACAAUGUUGUCGAUAUUUUGGCUGAUGGCUAUGAUGUUCACUAUGGGGCUAGAUCCAUCAAAUAUGAGGUGGAAAGAAGAGUGGUUACCCAGCUAGCCAUGGCUCAUGAGAGAGGGCUAAUACAGAAAGGCUGUGUGAUCAAACUUGCUGCUUCACAUGCUAACGAUUUGAUCAAAUCAACAGAACAAUCAGAUAAAGACAAAAAUGUUCCUACUAUAUCACUUCAACUUCAAAAGAAAGGAAAGAAGGAGGAAUAUAUUGAUAUUAAUUUCAAGAAUGAAGAAAAUCCAUUUGAUAUUGGCUUUAAGUGAUAAUGAUGUUUAUUAUAAAAUUCUUCUUGUAAAUAUAAGAGAUUUUGUCAAGUUUAUGAUCAUAAAGUGACAGUUACAUGCAUAUGUCCAAAUGAUUUCUACGAUUGGAAUAUAAUUUGUUAAUGAUUUUUUGACAAGUUCUGUUAUGAAUGCUGACUAUUGUGUGAAUUUUGUAAAUCCAAGUGCAUUUAUUGAUGUCUAAAAAUGUACAAUAAGAUUUUGAAUAUUUUUUAGGGACUGUGGACAAUUAGAAUUUUUUAUUUAUAGUGCGGUACUUAAUUAAUCUUUAACAUUUAG